AUGGCGUUUCCCGCCCCACGGCCCCGCCCCGCGUUCCCGAGGACGCGGCUUCGGAGUUUCCCGAGCGGGCAGCGCGCAGUGCGGGCCGUGCGCUUCAACGUGGAUGGCAAUUACUGUUUGACCUGCGGCAGCGACAAAACUCUAAAACUGUGGAAUCCACAUCGAGGCACACUCCUGAAGACCUACAGUGGCCAUGGAUAUGAGGUUCUGGAUGCUGCUGGAUCCUGCGACAACAGCCAGAUUUGCUCGUGUGGAUCCGAUAAAACUGUUGCCCUCUGGGAUGUGGCUACAGGACAGCUGGUCCGGAAAUUCAGGGGUCAUGGAGGGAAAGUGAACUGUGUUCAAUUCAAUGAGGAAUCAACAGUCGUUGUUUCAGGCUCCAUUGACACCUCGGUUCGAUGCUGGGAUUGUCGCUCACGGACAUCGCAGCCUAUUCAAAUCCUGGAUGAAGCAAAGGAUGGGAUUUCCAGUGUGAAAGUUUCAGACCAUGAAAUUCUAACAGGGUCUGUUGAUGGGCGAGUUCGGAGGUACGACUUACGGAUGGGACAGCUCUUUGCAGAUUUUAUUGGAAGUCCAAUAACGAGUGUGUGUUUCAGCAAAGAUAGACAAUGUACGUUGAGUUCGAGCCUGGACUCUACACUGCGUCUGUUAGAUAAGGAGACUGGGGAGCUCCUUGGCGAGUAUACAGGACACAGAAACACAGACUGCAAACUGGACUGCUGCUUUAAUGAAUCUGACACACAUGUAGUGAGCGGCUCAGAGGAUGGGCUCGUGCAUUUCUGGGAUCUGAUCGAGGGAUCCUGCACACUCACCCUGUCUGUUGGGAAGGGUGUGGUACAGUCACUGAGCUACCAUCCCACCCAGUGCUGUUUACUCACAGCCACUGAGGAUACAGUCCAGGUCUGGGGAGAUGACAGCGAUGAGGCAACUAUGCAGAGCCCAUCUUGACCAUCACCAGAGCAGGACCACCUGCUCCGUGUAUUACCAACAAACACUGACCUUUACACAGCCGUUUGAGUCUCACUCAAAACAAUAACAGCUCUGGCUGGUACUCAUAACCAUGAGAAUAUUCAAGUUAAUGUCUUUAAUUACUCCACAUCCAGCACUGACAGUCUGCUGUCCAUGUAUGUUUAUUUUGUUGUGAAUAAAAUUAUUGUUUGAA